AUGAUCCUCAAUAGGAUAGAAAAUGUCUUGGAUGAAGGACAGUCAUGCGAACAAGCAGGGUUUCGAGAAGGAUUCAGCACGAUUGACCACAUUCACAUUGUUUCGAAACUCAUCGAGGUAUCACCAGAGUACAAGACGCCGCUCUGUCUCACCUUCAUCGACUUGAAGAAGGCCUCCGAUUCAGCUGGGACGAAAGCGGCCAUGGAAGCCUUGGACAAUCAAGGCCCUACUCAGUACAUAAAGGUACUUCGAGAGUUGCACAGCAACUUCAUGACCAGAAUUUCGCCAUUCUACAAUAAUCUCAUCAUUGACGUGAAGGGAGGGGUUCGACAGGGUGGUACAAUCUCAUCCAAAAUAUUCACAGCCACCCUCAAUGCGAAAGUUCGAAUGAGACGACAUGGAAGUGAAGGUUGGUGGUGGGCAGCUACACCAUUUGCGCUUUGCUGA